AUGGUGCCAGAUGUGGACCUCCUUAUCUGCUUUCGUGCAGCACGGAGCGUAGUGAAACGCCAUGUUCUUGAGGAGGCAAAGAAGGCAGAAGACCAGUACACGCGAUUGCUGCAAACACUGACGUCGGCUGGAUUGCGGGCUGUUGGGCGAAGGGGAGAAUCAUUGGGGCAUAUCCUCGUCUUUGUAUCAUGUCCGCCAACACUGCUGCAAACGUUAGCUCGUCGUGAGCGCCACUCAGAUUUCAUCUCAGGCUUGUCUGUUGGCAACGAAACACCCACUCUCGCACCAGCAGACCGCCUUCGACUUGUCCAUGCGUUCGUUUCCUCCACCCCUGCUGACGGUGGUCUUGGUAUAUCUCCCGACUCCCCGUCUUGGGACCGAGUCGAGUCUAUAUUGGCUCUGCAUGACAAGGAGUUCAAUAAGCAAUGGAUCCACGCCUGGACACACAGUGGAAUCUUAUCUGUUCGUCAAGAACGAGUGCGAGAACAUUUUGGUGACAGCAUCGCACUCUAUUUCUUCUUCCUGCACUCUUACACCCAUGGGCUCGUUUUUCCGGCUGUCCUUGGACUCUUCUUCUUUUUCUUUGGCACUCCAUACUCGCCAGUAUACUCCAUUCUAUUGGUGUUGUGGUCAAUCAUCUACGUCGAAUGGUGGCGCGUUGGAGAAAGAGUUCUUGCCUUGCGAUUGGGAACACGUGGGUCCUUCCGCGUGGAACGUCGCCGAGCACAAUAUACGGAGGGCUUUCCUUGGUGGAAGCGGGAGUUGCGGAUGGUUGUGGGCUUUCCUGUCAUUCUCCUCUUUGGAGCAAUCCUGAUCACGAUUUUGACGAGCAUCUUCGUUUUCGAGGCGUUCCUCACACAACUCUACACUGGGCCAGGCCAUAAGUAUAUUUCAUUCUCCCCCACCGUUCUGUUCGUGGCUUUGGUUCCCCAACUCCUAGCACUGUAUCAAGCUAUUGCACGACGCAUCACCUCAUGGGAGAACCAUGCUCAUCAGUCUUCACAUGCGGCAUCCCUUACCAUCAAGACAUUUGCGCUAAGCGCGCUGGUGGCUUACUUGGGAUUGGCGCUGAGUGCAUUCGUUUACGUUCCGUUUGGGGAAGGCAUCAUGCAGACUGUCCAAGUCUGGCUCUUCCAGCGACAUGCCUCCUCAGCUGCAGCCGUUGCCGAGACAAACUCGACAAUCAAUGCAGCCUCUGAAAAGACUCUCAAUGCGACUAGUAGUCUGUGGAACGUGGACACAUCCAUCGCAGGCCAGAAGCUCAAUGCUGGCCGUUUACGGGACCAGAUGUUUGCCUAUACGGUGACGAACCAGGUCGUCAACACAUUCGUUGAGAUCGGACUGCCCUUCGUUCUUCGCAAGGUCGCCACAUUACAAGCAAAGUUCCUCAAGAAACAGGCGAAAGGCCCUAAGAUGAAUGGAAACAAGAAUGAUACGUCGUCCAAUUCGUCAUCCUCUUCUUCAAGCAACGGUGCCUCGACUCCUCCAACCUUGAAGAAACGAGUGGUGUUUGAAGACGAACAGGAGCGUGGCGGUGUUGCAGAGCGCGAAUUUUUAGAGGAAGUUCGGAAGGAGGUCGCUCUCCCGGUUUACGAAGAGUUUGUGGAUUACAACGAGAUGGUGACACAGUUUGGGUAUGUGGUUUUGUGGUCGACAAUCUGGCCAUUGGCUCCUGUGAUGGCACUAAUUAACAACUUCUUCGAACUCCGCUCUGACGCAUUCAAGUUAACUGUUCACGUCCGUCGCCCACUCCCUGUCCGAACUGAUACUAUCGGGCCAUGGCUUGAUACCUUGGGGUUCCUCACUUGGCUUGGCGCGUUAACCAACUCGGCACUCGUCUACCUAUUCUGCCCCCGGAAUACGUGUAACUCAGCGGGCAAAACGACGGUCGAAUCGCCGAUUGACCGGGUACAUCGACAUAUUAUGUCCAUGUCCAAGGAUUCGCCAACCCCAGAUGGUUCAGCAGCAGCCAGAGAACUACUGUUUAACGCAUUGCUCAUUGCACUGCUGGCCUCCCACGGAUACAUCGCUGUCCGGGCGGUGGUCAGACAUGUGCUGGAGAAACUGCUCUGGAGCGAGCGGGCAGAGGUCCAAACUCGCGAGACCAGCGUGACGAAAGCGAGGGAAGUCUACCUUGCGAGUCUGGAAAAUGAUUCCAAUGACACCGAAAAAGUUGAUCGCACUGAGGAAGUGGUUAAUGGAUUUUGGGAGCACGAUGAAGGCAUACAAGAAAUUGAACGUUUAACGAAGGCGGCCUGA